CAUGUCUUAUCAAGGCAAGAAAAACAUCCCGCGUAUUACGAGUGAGCGCAUGCUAGUAAAAGGAGGAAAAAUCGUCAAUGAUGACCAGUCUUUCUUUGCUGAUAUUUACGUAGAAGAUGGUCUGAUCAAGCAGAUUGGUGAAAAUCUGAUCGUACCCGGUGGGGUUAAAGUUGCUGAUGCCCAUGGACGAAUGGUUAUUCCUGGGGGCAUUGAUGUCCACACCCGCCUGCAGAUGCCUGUCAAAGGGAUGACAGCAGCUGAUGACUUUUUCCAAGGAACAAAAGCAGCUCUGGCUGGAGGCACAACCAUGAUCUUUGACCAUGUGUUGGCAGAGCCUGGAAUCAGUUUGAUCACUGCUUUUGAACAGUGGAGAGAAUGGGCAGACAACAAGUCCUGCUGUGACUACUCAUUGCAUGUUGAUGUCACAGAAUGGUAUAAAGGCCUUCAAGAAGAGAUGGAUUUCUUGGUGAAGGAGCACGGUGUAAAUUCAUUCCUUCUGUACAUGGCUUACAAAGACCGUUACCAACUCUCUGAUGCCCAGAUGUAUGAGGCCCUGAGUGCAAUUCGUGAUAUGGGUGCUGUUGCUCAAGUUCAUGCUGAGAAUGGUGACAUUAUUGCUGAGGAACAACAGAGGAUUCUUGGACUGGGUAUCACUGGACCUGAAGGCCAUGUUCUGAGUAGGCCAGAAGAGGUUGAAGCAGAAGCAGUAAACCGGGCCAUCACUAUUGCGAAUCAGACCAAUUGCCCCCUCUAUGUAACGAAAGUGAUGAGUAAAACUGCUGCAGACAUUAUUGCCCAAGCCAGGAAGAAAGGCACUGUUGUGUAUGGGGAACCGAUUACUGCUAGUCUGGGCACCGAUGGAUCUCAUUACUGGAGCAAGAACUGGGCUAAGGCGGCUGCUUUUGUCACUUCUCCACCACUGAGCCCUGAUCCAACCACGCCAGAUUAUCUGAACUCUUUGCUAUCUUGUGGCGAUCUGCAAGUCACUGGCAGUGCACACUGUACAUUCAACACCUCUCAGAAGGCUUUAGGGAAGGAUGACUUCACCCUAAUUCCUGAAGGUACGAAUGGAAUUGAGGAGAGGAUGUCCAUUGUUUGGGAUAAAGCUGUGGUCUCUGGUAAAAUGGAUGAAAAUCAGUUUGUAGCAGUGACCAGCACCAAUGCUGCCAAGAUUUUUAACUUGUAUCCCAGGAAGGGACGCAUCGCUGUGGGAUCAGAUGCCGACCUUGUGAUCUGGGACCCUGACAUUGUCAAGACAAUUACUGCAAAGAACCAUAGCCUGGCAGUGGAGUACAACAUUUUUGAAGGAAUGGAGUGUCGUGGGGCACCCUUGAUUGUCAUAAGUCAAGGUAAAAUUGUCUACGAGGAUGGCAUGGUGCAUGCUUCUGAAGGCUCUGGACGCUUCAUCCCCAAGAAACCAUUCCCUGACUACGUAUACAAGAGGGUUAAAGCCAGGAGCAAGUUAACCGAAUUGCGAGGAGUCCCCCGGGGGCUCUAUGACGGUCCUGUCUGUGAGGUUUCAGUCACGCCCAAAUCUGUCACACCUGCUUCGUCGACUCGGACUUCACCUGCCAAGCAGCAAGCACCACCAGUGCGAAACCUGCACCAGUCAGGAUUCAGUUUGUCUGGUAAAUGUGCACAGGUAGAUGACAAUCUACCUCGUCGUACUGGCCAACGCAUCGUGAUGCCUCCUGGUGGUCAUGCAAAUAUCACAACGCUUGGAUGAAUCUCCAUUUUGCUGUCGUUGGCAGAGCCAUCAUCUUUUAUUCAUCUUUUUUUUGAGAGCCUGUGACGGUUACUGUGGACAAACAAUCCUAGGUUUGUGUAACCCCCCCUUCCCAGUAUUACAAUUAUUGCCAAGGAAACAAGUGAAGAGACAAAUAUUCUCAUUCUUAAAACCUGCACAGCAUUAAAAUAUGUACAACACGAAAGAGAUGAAGGAACUUUGGCACCCACCUGAUUUGUAGGAGAUAGGAGUGAUUUCCUGGAAUUAUAGCUUGUUGUAGAAUAGAGUUUUUGCCAAUGCUUAUUCUUAAGCUGCAUGGCAGAACAGUGAUCAAAUUCUCACCUAAAGAGGAAUAAGGUGGUCUCUUGACAAUUGCUGACUUGACUAGUUUAGGCUGCUUCCAGGAAACAAAAAUUGAAUUAUCAUUUAUCAUCACAGUUUUAAUCCAGUUGAAUUCUGGUGAUCUUCACUCUGUGUCAGAAUAUAUCUUCCUCUCAGUUUGUACUCCACAGUGGCAAGUAACAAUCUGCAAAUAUUUCAGUUACCUUGAAUACUGUUUGAAUUUCAGUUUGUGAAGCUUUUAUC